AUGGUUUCCUCUACCUUUUCCGACAUGUUAAAAUCACUUUAUCAUCCCGAUCACAUUUUCGGCGACGAAGUUACAUGGUACGAUGCGCCCGCCGACUUACCACCUGAAGAAAUCGAAGAAUAUUUUGAUGCUCUCAAGGACCAGAAUCUUUGUAUCGAUUUGGUUGUGAGUAAUCUAAAUCAUUUGAUCUUACCUCUACGAAAAUUUGUCAACAAUCCAGAACGGAAUUAUUGGCCUAUACUACCUACAGACACUGUAAAGAACCAAAUCGCCGUCUUUAUUACAGAUGAGAAUCUUCCUGAUGACGCUCCAGCAUAUAUUCAACUUCAGGACAUAUGCGCAAAACUUUCGAAAUUGCAGGAGAAUCAAGGGCGAGAUAUGGAAGUAGAAGACCGCACAAUCAAUAUGAUGCUCCAAAAGCUUUGGGCUGUUGGAGAAACCUUAUACGAGCCGGACAACAUCUAUACUGGCUCUGAUUAUAAGAGAAAGAGAGAUUUGGUCUUGGAGAGAAUUAAUGAAUGUUCUCGGACAAAAGAACGUCUUGAGACUGAAUACAUCGACAGUGUAUCAAAGCUUGCAAAGAAAGCGAGGGCAAUCUCACAAGAAUGGAAGAGGGAACGUGAGGAGAGCGAAGAAGAAUUGGCCAAGCAACAGAUGCGGGCGAACAACUCAGAUACACAACAACUUCUCCAGGAUGCAUGGAGAGAGAAGGCGGUACUGGAAGGCUGUUUAUCUGUUUCCCAAGCCGACAAUGAGUUACUUCAGACCCAUUUGAAUCAAUUUCAAGAAGGCUAUAACCAUCUUCGAAGAGUGAGAGAAGGUGUGUUGGGAGAACAUAAUCAGAUCAUCAAUCGUGCGAUCGAAGAACGAAACAAUGAAAGACUUCGAGUUCGAACUCUGAAGGGCCAUCUCAGGACUCACCGCGAAGUGAUUAUCCUCGAAAGACGCCGACGAGAUAUUGCGCGAGAGAACUGCAGCGGGUUGCUGAGAAGUCUGGAUGUGACAAGAGGAGAGUUGGCAAUGACAAGAAGAGACCUGUUGGAAGCCAGAAAUAGGGUAGAUGAUUUGAAUUAA